UGAUAGGAGAGAGUUGGCAAGGCAAAGCCAAGAGAGAGAAUUCCGGACGAGCGAGGAGAGGAAUUACAAUAGCCUCUCUCUUUCUCUCUCUCUCCCUCUCUGCCAUGGCUACCUUCUCUUUCAGCUCUACAAUUACUCCCAUUUGCUUGCUGUUCUCUCUCUUACCCUUAGAGUUUGGUUUCCUACGAGGAGUAACCCCACUCGGCAUCAACUAUGGCCAACUAGCUGACAAUCUACCCCAACCAGAACAAGUUCGAACUCUCUUAACCUCCCUUAAGAUAACCAAAACAAGAAUCUACGAUACCAAUCCUCAAAUCCUCACCGCGUUCGCAAAUUCUGGAAUCGAAAUCAUUGUGAUGGUCCCUAACAAUUUGGUAUCCACACUCACAGACCCUGGACAAGCUCUCCAAUGGGUCACAACCAAUAUAAAACCUUACUUCCCAUCCACCAAAAUCACUGGAAUCGACGUCGGCAAUGAGGUAUUCGCCAGCAACGAUGCAACGCUGACAUCGAAUCUAGUACCCGCCAUGUCCAGCAUACACGCUGCACUCGUCCAGCUCGGUCUCGAUGCAUCCAUCCAUGUUUCUACCGCGAGUUCACUAGCAGUGCUCGCUGAGUCAUUCCCACCUUCUUCUGGAGCCUUUCAAGAAAAUCUCGCCAAUGUCAUAGCACCAUUCUUGCAGUUCUUGACAAGGACUAAAGGGACAUUUUGGAUCAAUGCUUACCCCUACUUUUCAUACAAAGCUGACCCAAAUGGAGUCUCACUAGACUAUGUUCUUUUCAACCCUAAUUCUGGAAUGACAGACCCUAAGACCAAUCUGCACUACAACAACAUGCUGUAUGCAAUGGUGGAUGCAGUUUCAUUUGCUAUUUCUAGAAUGGGGUUUGAUGGUCUGGAUGUUGGGGUUUCUGAGACUGGGUGGCCAUCAAAAGGGGACUCAGAAGAAGUGGGUGCAACCAUAGAAAAUGCUAGGGUUUAUAACAAGAACUUGGUGCAAAGGCAGAUGUUGAAUGAAGGGACCCCUUAUAGGCCUAACCAAAGAUUAGAGAUUUAUCUGUUUGCUCUGUUUAAUGAGUACAUGAAACCCGGACCAACGUCGGAGAGGAAUUACGGGUUGUACCAUCCUGACAUAACCAUGGUUUAUAAUGUCGGCCUGACCGAAUUAUCGGGCUCUACUGCUACAUCUACUUCGGUUUCUUUUGUUACCUCCAGUGUGUGAUAACAGGCAGCAAGCAAGGUUUUUGGAAGCUUGGGUUAUUGGAUUUUGGUACAUAUGAUGACUUUCCAAGCUUUAAGAAGGUGGCUAGUCUAGCAAAAAAGAGGGGUCCUUGUCGAUUUUUUCUGACAACAAAAAGAUGCAGAAAAUGACUCUCUUUUUUUUUUCACAAGAAAUAGAGCACAAAAAAAAUGCCCGAGACGCAAGAGAAUGUAAGAAUUCAGGUGUGAACCUCCAUCUACCGAAGUACCCCAAUAUUCCCAAAAUGUCAUUGUUAUGAUCUUUAUUUGAAUUUGAAGAUACACAUGCCUUUCAUUCUAUUUGAUUUAUUUAUUAUUAUCUUUUUUUCAAUAUUGGCAGGCAAGGCACUUUUCUUAUGUGGAGGUGACGCUCUACAUUUGGAUCGUGGGUUGCAACGUGAUUAUAUAAAUUAAAGGCUAGGAUUUGAUGUGUGUUUCCUAAUGGCUUAUUUCCAACUCAUCCUGGACACGUGGCAAAAAUGCAAUUUAAAUUCAGAACAUUGAAUCCAUGGGCCAAACUUAAUACUGAUGGAUGAUCCAAACCUUAUGAUUUUGGCCGUUGAAUUUGGACCCCUGACCAAAUUAAAGUGGACCAUUUAUUCAAAGGCUACCAAUCGGAUGGUUGAGGUUUUCCAAAACAAAUCAGCGUCAGUUUUGAAUGGGACCCACAAUGUGGAUGGCUUGGAUUGACACGGAUGUUUACCUUUUGAAUGCUCAAUGAACUGCGCAAUUAUAUAAAAAUGUGUGAAACGCACACUUCAGAUCUUCCAUCAAUUGAAA